UGAAAGGACACACUGUCCCAAAUAGCAUUGAAACGUUCUCUUUCAUAAGGUCAAACAUCACCACGGUAACUUCAUACUUGACAAUGAAGACAGUCAGGAGUAAACUCUAAAUGAAAGAAUCUCAAAGAACUGUGGAGUGGAGAAGCAGACAGUUUGGAGCUAUUCAGCAGAGAGCGAACAGGAGUGUGAGCAUUGCCACAGUGUCAACUGGAGCCAUGAGAAGAAAAACAACAUUUUGGGAAUUUUGGGGGAGUAAAAAGGAGCAACAAGAACUUGUGAGGCGAGCCAGUCACCUGAAGCCCUUAACUUCAGAGCUGAGGAAGUUGCUUGACAACAGUGCUCUGCGAGCACAACUGCAAAAUACCAAGAUGGUGACUCUACUGCCCCCUGUUGGUACAGAGGUCUUCCGUAAGUUUACGGCAGUCUCACUGGAGGAGAUACAACGAUGUCGACAAGUUAAAGAAAACGAACCACAGAGAAAAGAAGACAAGAAUAUCCAGGUGACAGAGGAGCAGAAGAUUCCAACGUGUGACUUGGAGAGUGGGAAGCGCCUCCCGUUCAUCUUUGGUGAUCCACCCCAUGAGUUUGUCAGCACCCCACUGCAGGAACUGGAUCCUUUCUACCAAACACAGAAGACAUUCAUUGUUCUAGAUGGAGAAAAGAUCAUCCACAGAUUUAAUUCUGAUCCUGCUUGUUUCCUGCUGACUCCUUUCAACCUUGUGAGGACUACUGCUAUCAAGAUCCUCCUCCACUCCUUUUUCCAGGCUUUUAUCCUCCUGACAGUUUUGACCAAUUGUGUGUUCAUGACGAUAGCCAACCCUCCAGAGUGGAGUGGAGUUCUCAAAUCCACUUUUAUUGCCAUCUAUGUGUUUGAGGUGCUCGUCAAAGUUCUGGCUCGAGGUUUCUGUGUCGGUCAGUUCACCUUCCUCAGGGAUCCAUGGAACUGGUUGGACUUGAUGGUCAUCAGCACGGCAUACCUGACAAAUAUGGUGCAUUCACGAACUGUUUCUGCAUUCCAAGUCCUUCCAGCACUAAAGGCCAUCACAGCGAUACCUGGUUUGAAGACAACGCUCAGCGUGCUCAUGCAAACAGUGAAGAAGAUGGCCCACGUGACCGCCCUGAGCCUCAUCUGCCUCAGUGUACUAGCUGUGUUUUCGCUGCAUAACUUCAUGGGCGUCUUGAGGCAAAAGUGUGUGCUGAUGCCACCAAGCAACCACUCCUUCGAAUACUUUGAUUUUCAAGAGUACAUCAACAAUCCUGUCAACUAUUAUUAUUCACCCGGAAGCAUUGAUGCUUUGCUGUGUGGAAACACUUCUGAGGCUGGGAUCUGUCCAGAGGGCUAUACGUGUUUGAGGGCAGGGCCCAACCCAAAUUACGGCUACACAAACUAUGAUUCCUUCGGUUGGGCUUUCCUGGCUCUGUUUAGACUGAUGACUCAGGACUUCUGGGAGAACCUUUUCCAACUGACAUUGCGCUCAGCUGGCAAAACCAACACCAUCUUCUUCGUGGUUGACAUUGUAGUGGGCUCUUUUUCCCUCCUCAGUCUCAUUGUGGCAGUGUUCGCCAUGGCAUCUGUGGAGCAGAAGCAGGCGGAGAUGGCUGAGGCCAAACAGAAGGACAAAGAGUAUGCUCACAUAUUGGAGACACUGAAGAAAAAUUUGCAGGAGGUGCCUGGCAGUGCUUGCCUCACUGAAAAGCAACAUCCAUCAGCAGACACGGAAGAGUGUGCGAACGAGCAAAGACCCCGUUUACCGUGCUGCUCCUCUUUCGCCAACAUGUUCCUGAGGCGGACCUGUUGCACCUGUUGUUGGGCUCAACAGCGACUCCACCAUUUUGUCACGGACCCCUUCUUCGAUCUUGCUAUCGCCAUGUGCCUUGUGCUUAACACCAUUUUUAUGGCCAUUGAGCAUUAUCCCUUGACGGAAGACUUUAACGAGCUGCUCACAAUCGCAGAAUGGGUCUUCACAGGGAUUUUUACAGCUGAGGUGGCCCUAAAACUUCUGGCCAUGGGUCCCUACUUUUACUUCCAGGUUGGUUGGAACAUUUUUGACAGCAUCAUUGUUUUCUUUACUGUGCUCCAGUUGGGACUGGCAGACUAUUAUGGGCUGAGACUGUUACGUGUGUUUAGGUUGGCCAAGUGGUGGUCAACCUUCAGCGCUCUGCUAAAGCUCAUUGGAAAGUCGCUGGGGAUUCUGAGGCGCUUCACUCUGCUUCUGGCCAUCAUCAGCUUCACAUUUGCUGUGGUUGGAAUGCAGCUCUUCGCGAAGAACUACAAAGAAAAUGUGUGUCGCAUCUCAAAAGACUGCAAGCUUCCUCGCUGGCACAUGAUCGAUUACUUCCACUCCUUCCUCAUCGUCUUCCGAGUGCUUUGUGGAGAGUGGAUCGAGACAAUGUGGGACUGCAUGGAAGUUGCGGGUCAGCCCGCAUGCCUUAUCUUCUUCACAGUGAUGGUGGUCGUUGGAAAACUAGUGGUUUGGAAUCUGUUCCUGGCCUUGUUAAUAAACUCAUCCAAUGGAGAUCUUUGGGCAGAUUCAGAGGGAGAAGGACAAAACAAUCUACUGAUCGCCUUGAAUCGGAUCGGUGGGGCUGUGAGCGGGAUAAAAUCGAGGGUCCUGGAGCAGAUGGGCAAGAAGACCCAAUUCAGAAUUCAUCUACAUCCUCCUGGACUUAAGAGUGAAGAGGUGAGCCAGAAGGAGUUCUUGGCACUUACUUUUGUAAGCUCAGAAGAGGCAGAAUCAGAGGUCAGGGCCCUUGUCUAUAAUAAACCCUACGAACGUGCUUCCCAAAUGUUGGGAAAUGAAGCUGCUGAUGAAAAAAAGGCCUUACAACAUGGCGAGUCAGCAGUGUGCAUGCACAAACGUGAUGACGGAAACACCCCUGCAAAGUGCUUCACUGACCAGUCCUGUCCAGUUUUGAACAUGGACUCAUGUCAGGACGGACGCCGAAUCUGGUUGAAUUUGAGGCGAUCGUGUGUGUCCGUGGUUGAACACAAAUAUUUUGAAGCCUUCAUUACCUUUAUGAUUUUGUUGAGCAGUGGAGCUCUUGCAAUUGAAGACAUUCAUCUGGAGAAGCGAUUGCUGAUCAGGACCAUUUUGGAGUACGCGGAUCAGGUCUUCACAUGUGUCUUUGUGCUGGAGAUGCUUCUGAGGUGGUUCGCUGGUGGAUUCAAAAAGUACUUUACCAAUGCCUGGUGCUGCAUAGACUUCCUCAUUGUGCUUACUUAUGUGCUUUCGACGACUGCCAACGUUCUGGUAAUUUCCCAGCUUCAAGCCAUCAAUUCUCUGAGAACUCUGAGACCUCUGAGGGUCUUGUCUCGCUUUGAAGGCAUGAAGGUGGUGGCAUCAACACUGUUUGGAGCCAUCCCGUCCAUCUUGGACGUGCUGCUCGUUUGUUCCACUUACUGGUUGAUAUUCAGCAUCAUGGGAGUGGAUUUGUUUGCAGGAAGGUUUUCUUACUGCAUAAACGACACUUCGGAAGAGUUAUUUCACACCCAAGCCGUCAACAACAAGACAGCGUGUCUCAUGCUAAUGGAACAAAAUGUCUCUGAAGUGCGCUGGAGGAAUCGCGAAAUUAAUUUCGACAACGUAGGGAUCGGUUUCCUGUCGCUUCUGCAAGUGGCGACUUUUAAAGGCUGGAUUGACUUGAUGUAUGCAGCAAUGGACUCCAGACAGAUUGAGUUGCAGCCAGAGUACGAGGCCAACGUGUACAUGUCUCUCUACAUGGUCUUAUUUAUCAUCUUUGGCUCCUUCUUCACCUUCAACUUCCUCGUUGGGGCCAUCAUUGAGUACCUCAAGCACCAGAAAGCCAAGUUGGGAGGAACAGGUCUUUUCAUGACCAAGGAACAGAUGAAAUGUUACAAUUCCAUGAAGACCUUAGACCUUAAGAAAGCCUGGAAGCCUAUUCCCCGACCGCAAAAUAAGAUUCAGGCGCUGCUCUUUGACAUCGUGACAAAAGCCUCCUUUGAUAUAUUCUUCACGGUGUUGGCUUGCCUCCAAGUGGUCGUCAUGAUGACGGAAACGUCGAAGGAUAGCUUUGAAAAGGAAUUUAUUUUACAUUGGAUUUACUUUGCCAUCAUAGUCAUCUUCACAGUAGAGUGUAUCGUGAAGAUCCUGGCGCUCCGACUGAACUACUUUUCAUUUGGAUGGAACAUCUUUGACUUCGUGCUGGUCAUCUUGUCCAUUUUGGGAUUGUUCCUGGCAGACUUGAUUGAAAAGUACUUCAUCCAUGUGCCUCAAGUUUUCAUUCUGAUUCGAUUUAUUCGUGUCAUCCGAAUCCUUCAUCUCUUCCGUGUUGCCAAGGGCGUACGAAGACUGCUCUACGUUUUGAUGAGGUCACUUCCUGCACUUUGUAACAUUGGACUCUUCCUCUCCCUCAUCAUGUUCAUAUUCUCUAUCUUCGGCAUGAAAAACUUUGCUUACGUGAAGAAAGGAGCUCUGCUCAAUGACAUGUUUAACUUUGAGACAUUUGGGAACAGCAUGAUCUGCUUGCUAACAAUCGCAACAUCCGCCGGGUGGGACGCUUUGCUCAUUCCCAUCAUGAGCACCCCACCAGACUGCGAUCCGCACGUGGAAAAUCCUGGGACGUCCGUUGUGGGAGACUGCGGUAGUCCGGCGGUGGGCGUCAUCUUCGUCACUUCCUACAUUAUCCUGUCUUUCCUGAUUGUGGUCAACAUGUACCUCGUCGUCAUUUUGGAAAACUUCAAUAUGGCUACCGAGGAGAGCGCUGACGAGCUCCGCGAGUCCGACUUUGAGAUGUUUUGUGAAACCUGGGAGAGGUUUGACCCACAGGUGUCACACUUCAUUCACUACAGCCAGCUGUCGGAGUUCUGUGACAAUCUGAAAGAUCCACUGAGGAUUGCCAAACCAAACAGUAUCAAAGUGAUCAGCAUGGAUUUGCCUCUGGCUUUUGGGGACAAGAUCCACUGUCUGGACCUCGUAGUGGCCCUGACUGCUCAGGUACGGGGAAUUUCGGGAGAAACUGAUCAUCUAAAAGCCACCAUGGAGGAAAAGUUCAUGGCCCGCAGCCCCUCCAAAGUCAUGGGAUCCUAUCAACCAAUCAGCAGCACUCUGAGAAGGAAGCGGGAAGAUGUCGCCGCAACUGUCAUCCAGAGAGCGUACAGGAAACACGCGGUGCAGUCGACGCCCAAAAUGGGAGAGGCCGAUCGGAUCAUUCGGCAGGACGGAGAUGAAGAGGAAUCGGUCCAGGCGCACCUUGCUGGUGUGCUGUGAGAACCUGGCACAAUACAGUGUUGCCUUCAACACUUUGAGAUCAACAAAUUAUUACUCUGAAGAAUUGUAUACUAUAUCAUACGAAUAUUAACAGUUUUUAUCACGCAAACUACUUUAUUAACCUGAAUGAGAAGAACAGAAGAAAUUAAAAUCUAGUUUAGUAUUUGCGCUCAUCCAAGUGCAACACAUUUACUUUGAUUUUUUUGGAGGCGGGGGGUUUCUAUUCACAGAGAAACCAAUACAGACUGCAUCAGCACCACUGUUCUACGGUGACCACGCUUCGACGGUGGUUUUGGUGCCGUUACUUUCGCUCCCUUUGUGAUGCAGUCGGUGCGCCACCUGCUGACAAUAGACCGAACAAGUAAUGACUUGAAUAUACAGUGGUUUUAACCACACAAAAUUCUGGCGAUCAUUUGUCUAUGACUGUCUAUGACUGUUUGACAAAGUGCCACACUUUGAAGCCACAACAUCAAAUUGAAUGCCACUUACUGUACACCACUUAUGCCAAACUCAGGCCCGGGGGCCAAAUUUGGCCCACGAUGUAAUUAUAUUUGGCCCGCAAGACCAUAUCAAAUGUGUAUUAGAGCUGGCCCGCCAGUAUAUAGCACAUGCGCCGCUAAUAUUACAAAUCCCAGAAUGCUUUGCUAGUCUGUUGACCCAUCAGUCUCGACCGGCGAGCGCCCCUUCCCUUCCUGUUGCAGUCGUUAGCAACUAUGCUACUGGUCUCCUCGAGCAAAUUGACACUUCCCCUUCCCAAAAAUAGCCAAACGAAAGAUGGAAAACGGUUAACUUCCAAGACAGGUGGGAGGCAGAUUGUCGGUCCGCUAAAGUAAAAGACAGACCAGUUUGUCGUGUGCGGAGCAACGUGGCUGUCACAAAGAAUAGAACAGGUAAUUGGAGAUAGAUAAAUCGAAGAUGGAGAGACAGAAGAAUUCAUGUUAUCUAUUUAAAUACAAAACAACAAACAAAUACCACUGACGUCUUUUAUCGCAAAUUAGAUUUCUCGUGUUUAUAAUAUUAAAGUUUGUUUAUUCCAGAUUCGGUAAUUAAGCAAAACUUAACUUUGUUGUCAUAUGAUAAACUUGAGCGCUACAUUUCUGGAAAGAAGGGAAACAUGUACAUUUCAGUGAUUUUUCAUUCAAUUUUGAGUUUGGCCCGCGAUGUCCCAAUUUUUCAUUUUGGCCCACCGUGAGUUUGACUUUGACACCCCUAGAGUAGACCAUGGACGUGGUAAGAAGUGCAGAAAGACCACCGCCUAUCCUAUAUAUAGUGAGGAUAGGCGGUGAAUGGAUACAAUAUGUGCGUUUAUUGUUGAUGUGAGUUCUUGUUGAUGCAUGAUUGGAUUUUGUUUGGAGAGAUUGAGGUGAUUGUGGAAGUAAAUGUUUAUUUCUUUUCAACUUUUGGAGCCUAACCUUUCAUCUAUUAAUGAAAUAUCAAGACAUUUUACUUGGUUUUAUUUGUUUUACAAUGUACUGUGUAAGUGCAUAUACACGAUGAACAAUGUGUUUGAAAUGUAAAAUAAAUAUUGUGAAUAAAUAUUCCUCAUAUCAUUUUGUCUGCUCAAUAAAAUCCUGACUGUGA